UUAGUUUGGAAUGCGCAGGAGCCUCGCUGCGGCUCUUGAAUGCAACAUGGAUACACGGUCGGCGGGUAGAACUUUGGACCAACUCGUUCCGCUCCGGUAGCCUGACGUCAUCAUACCCAGAUUGUAGUCAGAAUUUACCAACCUCAAAUGUAGGCGGGGCCAAGUUAGACUGGCAUCCAGGCUAUCUCUCCGAGGAAGGACAGCAGAGAAUCGGGAACAACAUGGCCGAGCCUCCUGUCGUGAUAUGGCAGCAGGAAGUAGAGGGUCUGUUGCAUUACAGAGAGCUGGUCCCCCGUCUGGAGGAAGCUUUGGGGAAAUUCUCCAGAAGAGACAGCACAGAGGUGAUCCAGCCUGUUCGCACCACGCUGACCCUGCAGAAACACCACGGCUUCCUGGGAUUGAUGCCUACAUACAUGGAGAACGAUGGGGUCCUGUGCACAAAGAUUGUGUGUUUCUACAAAAGGGAGGAUGGUUCCUCUCUGCCAGCUGUGCAGGCCACUGUGGUGCUGCUGGACCCAGAGUACGGGAAUGUAAAGGCUCUCAUGGAUGGAGAGGUCAUCACAGAGAUGAGGACAGCUCCAGUCUCGGCCAUCUCUGCUAAGCUGCUGAUGUGUCCCGAGGCAGAGGUGUUGGCCAUCUUGGGUACUGGCAAACAGGCCUUGAGUCAUUACAACGCCUUCACAGCAAUGUUUUCAUUUAAAGAGGUGCGCGUGUGGAGCCGCACAUUACAGAAUGCGGAGAGGUUUUGCCGCUCUGUCGGCGGUCCGGUGACGGUAUGUGUCUCAGUGCAGGAGGCAGUCAGGGGAGCAGACGCCAUAGUAACAGUAACCAAAUGUACAGAGCCCGUGCUCUUUGGUCAGUGGGUCAAACCAGGAGCCCACGUGGCAGCGGUGGGGGCUUGCAGGCCAGACUGGCGGGAGCUGGACGACGUCUUGAUGAAGGAGGCAGUGGUGUACGCUGACAGCAGGGAGGGAGCAAUGGCCGAGUCCGGUGACGUCAUCCUCUCUGGGGUUGAGGUGUUUGCAGAGCUUGGAGAUGUUAUUAAUGGGACAAAAACUGCCCACAGAGAAAAGACAACCGUGUUCAAAUCCCUUGGAAUGGGAGUUGAAGAUGCGGUGUCUGCCCAGCUGGUGUUUGAUCAAUAGAAAGCAAAAACCAGCCAACCGUAAAGCCUGUCUUCAUACCUAUGGGGGUCCCUAUAAUUAUAAUAUUCACUGCAUUAAUCCAUAGUUUUAUUAUUGUGCUUAAACCUAAGUAAUUCCUGAUCUACACACAUAUUCUCUUAACGCC